GGCGGGGGCGCGCUGGCCAGCGCCGAGCUCGCCGCGGCUCGGGCUGCGGCUUUGCACGCGCCGCGGGGAGGAGAUGUGCAGCUCUGCGGCGCGGGGCCCGUCCAGCACCCGCGCCCCUGGCCGGGGCAGCGCCGGUGCGCGGGGAGCGGGACUCUCGGCGGCAGGAUGAUUCCCGGGGCGGCCCUGCUGUUCUUCCUGGCCGUGGGGGCCGGUGCGGUGCCCCUGGACGACCCCGAGGACGGAGGCAAGCACUGGGUGGUGAUCGUCGCGGGCUCCAACGGCUGGUACAAUUAUAGGCACCAGGCGGAUGCAUGCCAUGCCUACCAGAUCGUCCACCGAAACGGGAUCCCCGAUGAGCAGAUCGUGGUGAUGAUGUAUGAUGACAUCGCCAACUCCGAGGACAAUCCCACCCCUGGCAUCAUCAUCAACAGACCCAACGGCACGGACGUGUACGAGGGGGUCCCGAAGGACUACACGGGCGAGGACGUCACCCCGCAGAACUUCCUCGCCGUGCUGAGAGGUGACGCGGAAGCAGUGAGGGGCAAAGGCUCAGGGAAGGUCCUGAGGAGUGGGCCCAGGGACCACGUGUUUGUCUACUUUACCGAUCACGGAUCCACGGGGUUGCUGGUCUUUCCUAAUGACGAGCUCCACGUCAAGGACCUGAACGAGACCAUCCAGUACAUGUACGACCACAAAAUGUACCAAAAGAUGGUCUUCUACAUCGAGGCCUGCGAGUCUGGCUCCAUGAUGAAGCACCUGCCCGACAACAUCAAUGUUUACGCGACUACGGCCGCCAACCCCAAGGAGUCGUCCUUCGCCUGCUACUACGACGAGAAGCGGUCCACAUACCUGGGAGACUGGUACAGCGUCAACUGGAUGGAGGACUCGGACGUGGAGGACCUGACGAGGGAGACCCUGCACAGGCAGUACCAGCUGGUGAAAGCGCACACCAACACCAGCCACGUCAUGCAGUAUGGGAACAAGUCCAUCUCCACCAUGAAGCUGAUGCAGUUCCAGGGCAUGAAGCACAGAGCCAGUGCCCCCAUCUCCCUGCCCCCUGUCACACGUCUGGACCUCACGCCCAGCCGCGAUGUGCCCGUCAGCAUCCUGAAACGGAAGCUGAUGCUCACCAACGACCUGCCCGAGUCGCGGCGGCUGGUGCAGGAGCUCCACGAGCACCUGGAGGCACAGCAGGUCAUCGAGAAGUCGGUGCAGAAGAUCGUGGCCUCCCUGGCCGAUUCGGAGGCCACGGCCCAGCGGCUCCUGACGUCCAGGGCCGAGCUCAGCGCCCACGCCUGCUACCAGGCGGCCGUGGGCCACUUCCGCAAGCACUGCUUCAACUGGCACAUCCCCAAGUACGAGGCGGCGCUGAGACACCUGUACGUGCUGGUCAACCUGUGUGCUGAGCCUUACCCGGUCGACAGAAUCAAGCUGACCAUGGAGGAGGUGUGCCUUGGCUACCACUACUGAGCAGCUCCUUCCAGAAGCUUCCAGACGCCGGCUGGGCCUGGAAGGCAGCUUCCCCAGACCCCCCGAGGCUGGAGGGGCGUGAGGGCAGCCGAGCCCGGCCUGGCCCGCCUGCCAGGGACUAGGGCCCCUUCCUCCAGGCCCGCAACCGCCGGACAGCCACAGGCCCAGAGCACCUUCUCGGAGCGACGAUGGGUGUUUGCUCUCUAGGGGUAUUGCCCUCCCCCGCCCCUCACGUUGGUUCCAGGAGAUGGAAGUACUGGGGUGUGGGGGAGCCAGCGACUUGAGAGGCUCCACCUGCCGCCUCCGGAGCCUUCAGAGUGACUUCCUCGAGAGGGCCGCGAGCCGGUGGGGAAUGUGGUUCAGAAUGAUUCCCGGCUGAUAGUUUUCUAUCUUACUCCACACGAAUGGACACGUUGAAUAAAGUUGCACUACUGAA